AUGGAACCAAGGAACAAUGUAACUUACUUUGUCCUCUUGGGUCUCACCCAGAAUCCAAAGGAACAGAAAGUACUUUUUGUGAUGUUCUCACUCUUCUACAUUAUGACCAUGGUGGGAAAUCUGCUCAUUAUCAUGACUAUUGCUUUCAGUAAGACCCUGGAUUCACCCAUGUACUUCUUUCUCGCUUGCUUAUCUUUUGUGGAUAUUAUUUAUUCAUCAUCUAUUUCUCCUAAGCUGAUUUCAGACUUGUUCUUUGGGGAGAAAACCAUCUCCUUCAAGUCUUGUAUGAUUCAGCUUUUUACAGAACAUCUUUUUGGUGGGUCAGAGAUCUGUCUUCUACUGGUGAUGGCCUAUGACCGCUACGUGGCCAUCUGUAAGCCCUUGCAUUAUUUGGUCAUCAUGAGACAAAGGGUGUGUAUUUUGUUGUUAGUCAUGUCUUGGGUGGGAGGGUUUUUGCAUUCAAUAAUUCAGCUCAGCACUAUUUAUGGGCUCCCUUUCUGUGGCCCCAAUGUCAUUGAUCAUUUUAUGUGUGACAUGUUCCCGUUGUUGGAACUUGUAUGUGCUGACAGCUACGUCACUGGUGUCUUAGUGGUGGUCAAUGGAGGCUUGAUGUGUGUGAUUGCAUUUCUGUUCUUACUGAUGUCCUAUGGUGUCAUCUUGCACUCUCUGAAGAACCUGAGUCAGGAAGGGAGGCGGAAAGCUCUGUCCACCUGUGGCUCUCACAUCACUGUGGUUGUCUGCUUCUUUGUUCCCUGUAUUUUCAUGUAUGCAAGACCUGCUAUGACUUUCCCCAUUGAUAAAUCAUUUGCCGUGUUUUGUACUAUCUUAACCCCCAUGCUGAACCCAUUAAUCUACACUCUGAGAAAUAAAGAGAUGACAAAUGCCAUGAAGAAGCUCUGGAGAAGAAAAGUCACAUCAGGUCAUGAGUAA